AUGGGUGACUGGAGUUUCUUGGGGAACAUUUUAGAGCAGGUGAACGAGCAGUCCACUGUCAUCGGGAGAGUUUGGCUCACGGUGCUCUUCAUUUUCCGCAUCCUGAUCCUGGGCACGGCCGCUGAGCUGGUGUGGGGGGACGAGCAGUCAGACUUUGUGUGCAACACCCAGCAACCUGGUUGUGAGAACGUCUGCUACGAUGAGGCCUUCCCCAUCUCCCACAUCCGGCUCUGGGUCCUGCAGAUCAUCUUUGUAUCCACCCCUUCGCUAAUGUACUUCGGGCAUGCUGUGCACCACGUCCGCAUGGAGGAGAAGAGGAAAGAGAGGGAGGAAGCUGAGAGGCGCCAGCAAGCCGAGGUGGAUGAAGAGAAGCUGCCCCUGGCUCCAAACCAAAACAAAGGCAACAACCCUGAUGGAACCAAGAAGUUUCGCCUGGAAGGUACUCUCCUGAGAACGUACAUCUUCCACAUCAUUUUCAAAACCCUCUUUGAGGUGGGAUUCAUAGUAGGUCAGUACUUCCUGUAUGGCUUCCGAAUUCUCCCCCUUUACCGCUGUGGGCGGUGGCCCUGUCCCAAUCUUGUGGACUGUUUUGUCUCCAGGCCCACGGAGAAGACCAUCUUCAUUAUGUUCAUGCUGGUGGUGGCUUCCGUAUCCCUCUUCCUCAACCUGGUGGAGAUCAGUCACUUGAUCUUGAAAAGAAUCCGGAGGGCUCUGAGGAGACCGGCAGAGGAGCAGCUUGGAGAGGUCCCAGAGAAGCCCCUCCACGCCAUCACUGUCCCCUCCAUCCCAAAGGCCAAAGGCUACAAGCUGCUGGAAGAAGAGAAGCCGGUGUCCCACUAUUUCCCUCUCACGGAGGUCGGGGUUGAGCCCAGCCCCCUUCCAUCAGCCUACAACGAGUUUGAGGAGAAGAUUGGCAUGGGACCAUUGGAAGAUCUCUCCAGGGCAUUCGAUGAGAGGUUACCAUCGUACGCGCAAGCCAAGGAACCAGAAGAGGAGAAGGUACGAGCAGAGGAGGAGGAACAAGAGGAGGAGCAGCCUCAGGAAGAGCCAGGGGCGAAGAAAGCAGAAGAGCAGGUGGUGAGGGAUGAAGUGGAAGGGCCUUCAGCACCUGCUGAACUCGCCGCCGAUAUGAGACCCCUGAGCAGGCUAAGUAAAGCCAGCAGCCGGGCCAGGUCAGAUGAUUUGACUGUAUGAAGGUGCAGGAUGCGGGGAGCACAUGAAAAGGAAAAGGUUGAAGAGAAAAGGAGAGAUAGAGAAAGAAUCAAAAGAUAUUUUUAAGCGAAGUGCUAAAAUGGCCACUUGAAUAUUAUUUCCUUUUAUGAUUCUCAACUGGAAAGGUACUACCAUGGUAACUGUGCCUUAUUUGCCCCAUAUGUCCCUGUAUUUCCCUGUUUCCACAUGCCAGCUCACUCCUUACAGUCAUAUCUACACUGUACACGUAACUGAUGUUAUUUUAAAACCUAACAUGGCAGUGAUACCCAAA